CGUGAAUUCAGCAGAGAUGCCCGCUUCGCGAAAGGCCCACCCCGCAGACCGACAACAAGCCCCGGAGCGUCUCAGGCACGCGCGGUGCUUUGGACCAGUGCGCCCUGCUCGCAGAGGCAAACGGCAAACAGGGCGAGCAUAAUGCCUCUUUGGCGGCGGAUCGACGUCAAGGCAGCCGCAACAGCCUUGCAGUCGUGGUUGGUGAAGGGCUCACGACCACAGGAGGAUUGGCUCGCUUGCCCUGGCGUCCGCUGCCGUGCCCCUCCGCCCACGGGCUGCAGCAUGGUGAACGGCUCAGUGGCGAAGCUGGGCGUCACCGAGGGCAGAGGCUUCGCUAUUUGCUACCUUUGUAUGCAUGCCGGCGAGCAAAGCAGCGUUGGUGUUUGGAGCUCGCGACCGUGCACAAAGAACCAGAUAGAGCACGCCAGACUCCCUCAGAGCAGCAGAAAUCGGUAGAAAUGCAGCGAAGACGUCUUCACGACUGUCUCGUCUGUACGUCGGUGCGCGCUUCAGCUAUGCCGACAAGAACCACCCAAUGCUUUGGCCCAC